AUGCCUCCAUCAUUGCUGCAAGAAACUCAUCGCACAUUCGAACAAAUCGAAAAAGCUGCCAAAGACACCACAGACAAGAUCCUAGAGUUUGAUAUUAAAUUAUGUCCGUGGGAACAGCUUCUAUCAAAAUAUUGUAUUUUAAACAAGAAUUUAGAAACGAUUCAAACAAUGAUGAAGAAGGACGAUUCAAAUUUUAGAAUGGCUCUUCUUCAUCCGAAGGAUGCUUCAGUUGAAGGGCUCACACAAGUAACGGAAAAACUCAGUGUUUAUACUCUCGAUCUUCAAAAAACAAAAGAUAGCAAGGACUUCCCACAAAUAACUAGUAAUAAUCCGUUGUCAUUCACAUUCUCUAAUCAAGCCGAACAAAUCGAAAAACGAAUUCAUCAUGAUGAUCUUGCCACCUUUUGUUAUACACUGAUUGAUAAAGAAUAUAAGAAGCCAAGCGGAUCUCUUAAAAAGAAGGAUAAGACAUCAAAUCAGCCAAGAGUAUUUAAAUUUGAAGAAGCCAAAUCGUUAUUGCAAGAUACAUACAAACAACGAGAUGCAUCAAUACGAAAACAACAAAAGAUGCGAAAAAACACUAUAAUGGAUUCUAUUCUUACUGGAAGAGACCUCAUAGUUUCUGGAAGUGACAUCCAAAUUCUCAGAGACCUUGAGAGAAGAUCAGUUUAUGGAACCGUGUCGAAAAGAUCAGCAGAAGAGGUUUUCAAGCCAAAUAUUCCUCCAGCUACUUCUACCAUAACGACCACAUCUGGACCUAUUAUAUCAUCAAACACUAAAAUCAAAAUCUCGACAAUUCCAAAUGCCUCUAUGGCUCAGAAUGCUGCAACGUUGCAAACCACUAUGCCACCAACUGUUAAGAAGGAGGAACCAAGUAGUGCUGCAACACCAAUUGCACAAGAUACGAAAGGUAGAACAAAGAAAUCUACUUCAAGUGGUACAGCCAGACAAAGUGCUAAAAAGUCUCCUAAUCCUGUCACUGCACCUUCUCCUACCGUUGGAAAAACACCUUCUCCUUCUACUGCAACAUUGAAUACUUCUACGACAGUUCCACCAUUUGUAACACCUGUGACAACAACUCCAACAGGUGUUGCAAAUACUCCUCAAAUAGGUGCAGGAAGAGGAAGACUUCCACCAACAGGAACAGCACUCCCUCAAACACCAAAGAAUGUGCAACUAAGACCUUCCACUACACCUGGUGGUGUUACCAGUAGUGGUGCUACUCCAACCACAACUCCAACAAAUGCAAGACCAAUCUCUGCAUCUCCAAAUACAGCAACCAUCACUCCAAACAUGAUUUCUCCCAAUCAACAAAAUCUGCUCCUUCAAAAUGCAUUAUUACGAUUCCCAAGUCUUCCUAAUGCCCAACUCGCUGCAGCCUAUGGACGUGGUUUACCAUUGAGACAUCCAGCGAAUGCUGCAACCAUGAUGAGACCUAUUAACUUUCCAAUGAACAUGUAUCAGACUGCACCAACCAAUCCUCAACAACCACCAAACACAAAUCCUUCACAACCUCAAAAGAAAUAA